CCUCCUCAGCUCAGAUCAGCUGACUGGAAGUGUGAUGCGUUCUGAAGGGUUUUCAACACAGCGACUCAAUUAACUGUCCAUACAAUGCUUUAUUAAAACAAUUUACAGUUUUAUCAGAUUGUUUUGUUGUAUACUAAGGGACUACAUAAUCGAAGUAACGAUGACAGAGUUUUGGCUGAUCUCUGCUCCUGGAGAGAAGACCUGCCAGCAGACAUGGGACACGAUGAACAUGGCCACAACCCAGACCAACAACCUGUCCACUAACCACAAGUUCAACAUGCCUGAACUGAAGGUGGGAACUCUGGAUGUCCUUGUAGGGCUCUCAGAUGAUCUGGCCAAGUUGGACUCUUUCGUUGAAAGUGUAGUGAAGAAAGUGGCCCAGUACAUGGCUGAUGUGUUAGAAGACAGUCGAGAUAAAGUUCAGGAGAAUCUUUUGGCCAAUGGAGUUGAUCUGGUAACAUAUGUUACACGGUUCCAGUGGGAUAUGGCAAAGUAUCCCAUCAAACAGUCUCUUAAGAACAUCUCAGACAUUAUGUCCAAGCAAGUGACUCAGAUUGACAAUGAUCUUAAAGCCAGAGCUUCGGCUUAUAAUAGCUUAAAGGGGAACCUACAGAGUCUGGAAAGGAAGAAUGUGGGGAGUCUUUUGACCAGGAGUUUGGCUGAUAUAGUCAAGAAGGAUGAUUUUAUACUAGACUCUGAAUACCUUACUACUCUACUUGUAGUUGUUCCAAAGACAAAUUAUCCUGACUGGCAGAAGGCAUAUGAAACUCUUUCUGAAAUGGUUGUUCCAAGAUCUACAAAGCUUUUAUUUGAAGACCACGACAGUGGGUUGUUUAGCGUCACACUCUUCAGGAAGGCUAUUGAUGACUUUAAACAAAAGGCACGAGAAAACAAGUUCGUGGUGCGUGACUUUCAGUACAAUGAAGAGGAGAUGAAAGCAGACAAAGAGGAGCUGACUCGCCUCUCCACUGACAAGAAAAAGCAGUUUGGUCCUUUGGUACGUUGGCUUAAAGUAAACUUCAGUGAGGCUUUCAUCACAUGGAUACACAUCAAGGCACUUCGGGUUUUUACAGAGUCUGUCUUGAGGUAUGGGCUGCCAGUCAAUUUCCAGGCCAUGUUGCUGCAGCCCGGCAAGAAGAAUGUAAAGAAACUCCGAGAAGUUCUGCAGGACCUUUACAAACACUUGGACAGCAGUGCUUCUGUUAUUGAUGCAUCUAUGGACAUCCCGGGUUUGAAUCUCAGCCAGCAAGAGUAUUAUCCUUACGUUUACUACAAGAUCGACUGCAACCUCUUUGACUACAAAUAGAAUUCAAAUAGAUUGUUAAAUUCUACUUCACAAAGACGGACUCUAAUAAUUUAUUAAACACUUAUUGUUUAUUCUAUCAUUACCUUUUUAACCUCUCUGCUCGUACCUUCCUCUCACUGGCUCGUUCCUUUUUCAUUCCUGCCUGCAGAUCACUAUUUUGAAUAAGCAGUCACAGAGUUUUACUAUCUGUGUUAUUGGUUUAAUGUGUUUACAAAUGAAGGAUUUUCAGGGGUUUUAAAAUCUGGCCUUAGAUGGCAUGUGUGGUCCAACAUUGAACACUCCUCAUUUACUGAGCCUGUAAUGGUCGUGUACUCUGUUUUUUUCUGUCGGUGCUUACUCUGUGCCAUUUGCAGGUAAUGCAGUAAUUAUGUUGUCGAGAGCCACUAUGUUUGUUUUUGUCUGUGUUUGUGCUUCUACUGUGAGAUUAAUGUAUUUAUAUUUUUGUUGUAAAAGGUGAAAUACAUGCUGAAUGUUAAGACCAAUCAAAGUCAAUAAAAUGAUAGCACAUCAA